AUGGACCCGAAUGAGCAUCCUCUUUCUUCAUUCGACGAAUCUUUUGGUUGAAUGAAGCUGACGACCACCUACCCUUCGACAACCCAUUUUCCGAAGACACAUUCUUCGAGAUACUUACUCAACUGCUACGAAUCAUGCGGGCACCUAUAGUAUCCGUCUGGAUAUCAGUCAUACUUCUCUCAACCCUCCAUCUGCUUGGCCCUGUCGAGGCCUCCCCUGGGUACCAUUGCUCUUCAUCUGAUACCGCCGGCCAAUACUCGGACCUGGACUACCGAACGUGCCAUCCAGUAAAAUACCCACAAAAGACAACAUAUAGCAGCUAUGUGUCCCAAACUGCGAAGAGGAGUGACAUAGAUAAAGAUAUCAAAUACGACACCAUACGAAAGCGCAGCUCUGGAUCUACUCGUAGGUCGAGUGAUGCAGAAGGGUCAGCGUCCUCAGACGAUCAUCACUCGACAGUGUCCAGUAGCAGCUUUCAUUUUCGUGCCAUCCCAAGGUCAACGACGUACCACAAGAACGGCAAGGUCUACAUGGUAGCCCACCAAGACUGGUACACAAAAUACCGCCAGCACCGCGGUCCUCAUGGGGUUGUCCGCAAACUGAAUCUGGAGAGUCCUCGUCGGAAAAAGGUGCAUUAUGUCGUACCCAUAGAAGAUGAUGAAGAAAUUGCGGUCGACAGCAAGAAGAGCGCAGGCGGUGAUGGGUACCACAGCAAGGAAGGGGGCGGCCGACGACAUGCAAAAAGUACCCACAGGAUAUCGCCCAAGUAUGUAGGGAAGCCGCAUCCUGUGAGUACCAGACACGAGGGACUGAUACCAAAGGCGCGAUCGGACGCAGGUAACAGGAAGGAAUGGGUGCAGAGCGGGAUAUGGACACAGAAUCUUGCGGCAAUGGCAUUGUUCUCUGCAUGGAGCCUUUGAGCUGAAGGUCGCCUUUAGGAUUGGCGUCUAGGUCGGACACGGUUUCUUUAUAGCCUAAUAUUAGAGACCUUGCGAUGAAAACUCUAAACAAAAGAAAGAGCUUAUUCUUCUUAUUCUUCAUAAAAAUCGAAUAGGUUGAUCACGUACAAUUUUUCCAUCGUACGUUGAAGGUUGCUCAUUUGAGCAGACUGCAGCGCACACGAUGCAACCGCAGUACGGUGACCAUGGAUUGGCAGCAUUUUUUUGUAGCUCCAAGACCCAGCUUCCUUUUAUUUCUUCACAAG